AUGCCAAUGGUCCAAACUAAGCGUCUAACUCCACUGUCUGCUUCAAAUCCCAGUAAAAAACACAAACCGAACAGAAUGAAUAGGCCUGCAGGAAGUGUGAGCACUACAUCCAGUGAUUUAACAACUAAAUACAGGUCUGCUGCAGUAGAUACGUUAAGUCCGGACGUUGAACUCCCCUUACCUGCUUGUGUAGUAAACAACAUCAUGGAUGGUAUACAAAGUGAUACUACAUGCAAUGAUCUAGGCCUCGUAGACACCUGCAAAACUUCUUGCGAUAUGAAUUACACGGCAAACAUUUUGA